AUGCCGUCGUUUGCAGGCUUGGACGUUGACGAUGAAGAAAUUAUUCCUGAUAUUCUGGAACAGAAACCCAAAGUUGAAGACCACUUGGGUUCAACAGUUAUAGUGGAUGGAUGUCCUGUUGUUGGCCCAGCUAAAUUCGAGCUGCUUAAAAAGUUUUUGCUAGAUAAAUUUUCGAAAAUUGGCCCGAUAGUAGAUCAUGAAUUCCCUCUGGAUAAUGAAAAACAAACAAAAGGGUAUAUUUUCAUUACCUAUGAAAACGGAAAGGCAGCAUCACAAGCUGUUCGAACCAUGAAUAAUGUUCCUCUGGACAAGAAUCACACUUUCCAGGUUACUUUAUUGUCAGAUUUCGAACAUGUAACAAAUGUUCCAACUGAAUGGGUACCUCCACCCAAACAAGAAUAUAAGGAUUUAGGUAAUUUGAAGAGCUGGUUGUUGAAUGAGUUUUGUCGGGACCAGUUUGCUGUUGUCUACAAUGAUGGCGAAACUGGAUCUGUUUACUGGCAUACUGCUGUCGAACCAGUCGUGGCUGAAGAACGUGCUCAUUGGACUGAUGGGUGGAUGCGAUGGUCACCCAGAGGGACUUACUUGGCAACAAUGCAUUCUUUGGGUGUUAUUUUAUGGGGCGGUGAGAAGUUCCAAAGAAUCGGUCGUUUUCCUCAUUCAGGUGUCAAAACAAUCGAGUUUUCACCUAUGGAACAAUUUAUGAUAACCUUGAGUCCAAGCCCCAACUUUCCCACCGAUGAACGUGCAGACGCAAUCGUGUGGGAUGUGAAGCACUGUGUUAGUCGUCGAGAGUUUUCCGUUCCAAUCGAUUUUCAUCCGGCCUUCAAAUGGUCGCCAAAGGAUGAAUAUUUUGCAUGCUUGCGAGACGGUGUCAUUAGUAUUUACUGUGCUAGCAAUUUUAGACUUUUGGAUAAAAAGAAACUUGGGGGCAAUAUUCGCGAUUUUUCUUGGUCACCUUCUGAUAAUAUUCUAGCCUACUGGGUGCCUGAAUCUGAUAAUACUCCAGCGAGAGUUGUUCUUAUGGAAGUACCAAGUCGCCAGGAACUAUGCACAAAAAAUUUAUUUUCCGUAGCUGAAAUCAGUCUUCUAUGGCAUGAACAAGGUGACUUUUUAGCUGUUCAAGUAUUAAGGUGUGCAAAAAAGAAGUUGGACGGUGAAAAGCAAGUGAAAUAUGUGGGUACCUACACCAAUUUUGAAAUAGUUCGUUUAAGAGAAAAAUUAUAUCCUGUUGAUCAGCUGGAAGUUAAAGGCACUGUAUCGAAUUUUCAAUGGGAACCUUGUGGUACACGUUUCGCUUUCUUACAAUCUGUAACAAGUGGAAAAUUGUCAAUAGCCAUUUAUGAUGUAUCUCGUGGAACUAAUGUUCGUGAAGUUACUGUUCUUGAUCUUGCCUCACCUCGAACCAAUGAUCUUCGUUGGUCAUCUAAGGGUGGCAUUAUUGUAGCAGCAGGUUUAAGAAGUGCUGAUGGGAUACUGGAAUUCAUUUCAGCAAAUGAUGGUCAGAUUUUAGCUAAGGGAGAACAUCCAACUGUUAGUGAUAUACAAUGGGAUCCUACAGGGAGGUACAUAGCGACAACAGUAAGUAGUUUCUAUCAGAAGAAUGAUAAUGCAAUAUGGUUUUGGAAUUGUGUGGGUCGUUGCUUGUAUAAAAUGAACUUGCGUGGUAUUCGUACUUUCACCUGGAGACCACGACCACCUACACUACUCAGCGCCGAACAGCUUCAAGCUAUUAAAAAGAAUAUGUCAAAAUAUAAUUCACAGUUAGCCAACGAAGAUCGUAUGCUUGCUUCAAAGGCUAGCAGAGAAUUACUUGAGAAACGACAAAAACUAUUAACUGAAUUCAAUAUUUGGAAAAAUGCUAUCAUUAAAUUAUAUAAUAAAGAUGAAGAGGAACGCUUCAGAUUAAGAGGUUCUGACGCCGAUACAUUAUCUCGUGAGCCUCAAACAGAAGAAGAAUUGGAAAUUUUAAUCAGUGCUGUCCGUGAAACAAUUCGUAAAAAUACAGAUGAUUAA